AUGUUGUCCCCUGUCCUCAGGUUCUUCGUGGUGGAGGAUCACAUCCUGCACACCACGCAGGGCUUGGUCAACCGGGCCUACCUGGAUGAGCUGUGGGAAAUGGCCUUGUCCAAAACCAUCGCCGCGCUCCGGACGCACUCGUCCUACUGCUCCGACCCGAGCCUGGUGUUAGACUUGAAGAACCUCAUUGUCCUCUUUGCUGACACACUCCAGGGCUAUGGCUUCCCAGUGAACCAGCUCUUUGACAUGCUGUUGGAGAUCCAGGACCAGUACAGUGAAACCCUCCUGAAGAAAUGGUCAGGAGUUUUCAGAAAUAUACUUGACUCAGACAACUACAGCCCCAUCCCGGUGUCAAAUGAAGAACUUUAUAAGAAAGUAGUUGGACAGUUCCCAUUCCAGGACGCUGAACUUGAAAAGCAACCCUUUCCAAAGAAGUUCCCCUUCUCCGAGUUUGUGCCUAAAGUUUACAAUCAGAUCAAGGAAUUCAUCUACGCCUGCCUGAAGUUCUCGGAGGACCUUCACCUGAGCUCCACCGAGGUCGACGACAUGAUCCGGAAAUCCACGAACCUGCUGCUGACCCGGACGCUGAGCAACUGUUUACAGACGGUCAUCAAGAGGAGAAACGUGGGGCUGACGGAGCUCGUGCAGAUUAUUAUAAACACGACCCAUCUGGAGAAAUCCUGCAAGUUCCUCGAGGAAUUCAUCACCAACAUCACCAACGUGCUUCCGGAAACCGUGCACACGACGAAGCUCUACGGGACCACCACCUUCAAGGACGCCCGGCACGCGGCCGAGGAGGAGAUCUACACCAACCUCAACCAGAAGAUCGACCAGUUCCUGCAGCUGGCAGACUACGACUGGAUGGCCCUGGAGCCGGGCAGCCGGGCCAGCGACUACCUGGUGGAUCUCAUCGGCUUCCUGCGCAGCACCUUCGCCGUGUUCACCCACCUCCCGGGGGAGGUAGAUGCCCACUCUACCAUGUCGGGGAAGGUGGCCCAGACCGCCUGCAUGUCUGCCUGCAAACACCUCUCGACGUCGCUGCUGCAGCUGCUGCUGGAGGCCGAGGUGAGGCAGCUCACGCUGGGGGCCCUGCAGCAGUUCAACCUGGAUGUGGAGGAGUGUGAACAGUUUGCCAGAUCCGGCCCAGUGCCUGGGUUCCAAGGGGACACGCUGCAGUUGGCCUUCAUCGACUUGAGACAACUCUUGGAUCUGUUCAUCCAGUGGGAUUGGUCGACGUAUUUGGCUGACUACGGGCAGCCCACGUGCAAGUACCUCCGUGUGAACCCCACGACUGCCCUGGUCCUGCUGGAAAAGAUGAGAGACACGAGCAGGAAAAACAACGUUUUUGCCCAGUUUCGGAAAAACGAGCGGGACAAGCAGAAGCUCAUCGACACCGUGGCCAAGCAGCUCCGCGGCCUCAUCAACAGCCACCACUCCUGAGGGAGCUGGGCACCUCCUUCCCAAACCACCCCCCCCUGGACUUGGGAUCCUUGUUGAAAGAGAAUAUAUGUAUUUUUUUAUUCACCUGUAAUAUUCCUGGAACCUUCCCCCUCCUCCACCCCCCCCUCCCCCUUUCCCAAAACGCUCCCGGUGAAACAAUCCCUGGGAAAAGAGGCUCGGAGGGGGCGUCGGGAGGCUCCUGGGAUAAACUCCUAUUUUCAGGGGUUUGGAAAGCCACUGGGAAAUCCUAAAACCUGAGAGGGAAGCUCACACCUGGGCUGUUUUCUUGUUGGAUCGAAUAGAUUGAAGGGAUCAUCCUGCUUUCCUUUUGUUAUCCACAAAAAACGGAAGGAGGAGUCGCGGUUUGGGUUCUUCUCGUGGGCUCCGAUCAAAGGGAAGAGGGUCAUCUGUUACUGUGUCUUGCCAGCUUGUGGGUUGGAUUUAGGUAGGAGAAAAGGCAAAGUGAUUUCCCAGUUUUUCUCCUCGUUUUCCCCUCUAAGAGCUGAUUUCCACCUCAGGAGAGGGAGAUCCCUGGGGAUCCCUGGAGCUGCGACCUUUUCCCGUGUGUCCGUGACCGGCGUGGCCACCCCUGAGCUCCGCCACCGGGACCUGCUGGGGCCUGUGGGCCUGUCACUGGGUGCAGAAGGGCUUUAGAGCUGCCUCAUUAAUUAGAUUUGGAAAGGGAGAGCCAAAGGAUAACCCGGCAGGGCGUCCCGUGGAACCGGAUUGGUGCUGGAAUGCUGCUGGAAUUCGGGCAGCAGGAAUGGAGGGGUGGUGUAAAACUGAGCUCUCCUGCUGUCCAGGGCACUGCAUUCAGGGGUUUUCCCUCUCUUUUCCAUGCUGGUGUCCCAUCUUCCCUCUCCUCUUGAUGCUUCCAUGGGGUAAAGCUCCUUUGCUUCCCUUGGUUUGCUCCUUGGAGCAGCCCUGGAUGGGACGGGGAGUGGGAAACUUGUGGAGUCCCCGGCAUGGAGUCAGCAAUGCUCAGCCCCCCCCCGGCUCCAAAGUGCCUGUGGACAAAAUUCCCCUCAGCUCUGAAGGUUCCCAAAGAUGCUCUGCUGGAAUCAGGCAGCUUUUGAGGAGCAGGGCAACAUUCCCACCAGGAUUUUAGGGUUCAGGUUACUGAGGGGGAUUUUCGCCCUCAUCACCUCGUUACCCUUUUGACUCCCGAGUCCAGCAGGUGAAAACUUAUCCAGCCACAUUCCCCACCUCCCAGAACCCUCAUGGUAAAGGGAAUUAAAAUCUUCCUGGUGGAUGUUACAGCCCAUUUCCCACCCUCUGGGAUGCACGAAGGGGAUGAGGCUUUAUCCUCUCUCCUUGUUCCUCAGCGAGACUUUUGGGUUUUUUUUUUUGGUUUUGGGAAGGAUUCGUGUUGCUUAACCCUGGAAUUGAACAGGAAUGUGGUCAGGAAUGACCUCCUGGGGCUGUUGUCCUGCCCCAGCCGCCUCCAUCCAUGAGGACCAAGGGAUUAUUUUCAUUACUAAGAGGGAAAGCCCAUCCUGGCAUUGUGGUUCCUUGGUUUCGGAGGGGGAUCAGAGGCGAAUUCCUUUUUAAUGCCUCUUGGAAGGACAUGGAAGGAGGGUGAAGGAAAAAGAAGCAGGUGGAGGAAAGUUGGUGUCACGUGGCCAGAAAUGGAUCAUCUUUGUAGACAAACCCCCAAAUGACCCAGCAGAGGCUUCCAGGGGGACCAGAGGAACUCAGUCAGGCUGUGGGAUAAAGGGAGAAGGAUCGGGAUCCCCAAAUUUACGGAAGGGGUUUUGGUGGACGAAACAUCUGUUGCCACCCUGAAAUUCCAUUUUUGCCUCCUGUAUUCCAUGUUCCUACAAGAAAACCUCAACCCAGCUGGGCCUUGAGGCAACACCUUUUUUCUAAUCCCCAUCCCACAUCCAGGCUCUCCUUCCCAUCUCCAUCCAAGAGCUUCAAUUCCCAGAGGGGCGACGCGGCCGUGCCGUGCCCGGGGUGGGUUCCUUCACUCUUUUAAGCUCUUCUUGGAGAAGUUGGGAUUGGGAUCCCACAAACCAGCUCCUGGCACUCCAGACUUGCCACUGGGAAAGUCACAUUCGGCCAAGGGAGGGAUUCUGGGAGUUCCUGAUUUCGGGAGGUCAAGAGCCUGAACCGCGAGUGGCAGCCCCGGGAUGAAAAAUGACAUUUUUGGUGCUCUGGUCCUAAUUAACUUUUUGUUCCAAGAGAUGCGGCUCCAUCCCCUUCCAAAUAAAAUUAAUCUUUGGAACAGAUUGCCUAAAGAGCCCUGGAAGACAUCCCAAAUCCCCUCUAAGUCCCCUGCUAAUGACGGGGAUCCUCCGCUGGGGAUGGAGCUGCUCAGGAGGGAAAGGGAAUUUCUAUGGAAGGUGGGAAGAGGGAGCAGAACCCUCAAGUGAAGAUUUACAGCCCCCCCCCAAAUAAAUAAUGCUGCUAUAACCCCUCCCUCCCCAGGCACUUAAAGGGUUUGAGUUUCUAAGCAGUGGCUGUAGAAGAAAAAAAAAUGAGAUUGUUCCCCCGGUUUUUCCAGCAAAUAUUCGCAAAAAUAUUCCAGGAAAAAAACCCCAAACAAACAGCACCAGGUGGGGGGAAAAAAAUACAUUAACAAAAAAAAAACCCACCCAAUUUUGGCUUCCUGGGAAGCAUCUGCACUUCUUAUCCUCUUUAUCAUCUUGUCAGGCAGCCCAAGGGUUGGGAAUAAUUCUACGUAAGGUGGGAAUUUGCAGCCCAAAGUGUAUCCAUAGGUGAGGGGAGUGUUCUCCCUGAGCCAUCAGCGCGUGUGAGAGAGAGGAGGAGGCUUUUCCUGGGAUUUUUUUUGGUGUAUUCCAAGGGCUGGAGUUCAGGUCAGACGCCCUCAGCGAUUUUUUGCACUUUGUUUUGGAUCCAACCUCAGCUCCCGGCUCGGAGGGGGCCGGGAGAAGUUUGGCUGGUGCUUCGUUCCAGGGGCUGCUUUUGGGCUCGUUUCCUUCAAAAUCAGCUGCUUCUGUGCUGCUGGGAAGGUGGAAUUUUGGGGCAGGAGGUGUGUGUGUGUGGGGAGUCUGUGCUGGCCCCAAACUGGGAGGUGCUGGGAGGCAACGUGGGAUGAGGAGGCUGAGAUGGAGCCAGGGCUGCUCCGGUGACCUCUUGUGCUGGAGCUGCUUCUGGGGGAAAACCACCCCUUCCGAGCAGUGUCCAAACCCCAGGGAGAAACAUCUCCACCCUUUGGAUGUUUCCUACCCCUGGCUGGCUUUUCCCUUUAGUUCUGGGUUGAGUUUGGUGCUUUUUUGGGGGACCGUGGAGUGGUUUGGAGCAUGGGAACACCCUCCCAGGCCCCCGUUGGGUGUGUGUCCCACCCCAGGGUGCCACGGGGCUGGUGGGAUCUCUGUGUCCCAUUCCCUACAGCUCCCCACUCCGUGCUUGUCCCACUGCUGGGGAGCUUGAAGGGAGCACAACUCCCAAAUAAAUCUCAUCCCAAAUGCCUUCAAGAUGCUCCCAGCCCAGCUGUCCACUGGGAAAGUUGUGAGUUUUGUGGGAACCGACCCAAAUUCCCCGGGAUCUGGGUGGGAUUCACCCCAAAAAAGUGCCGGAUGGAGAGGGGGAAGCUCAGCCUGGGACUUGGGGACCGGGUGAUUUGCUUCAUCCCAGAUUUGCUGCUCCGGUCUCCAACCCCUGGAUUUAGGAAUCUUUGCAUCCAUCCCCCCCUGCAGCUCCCCCAGUUUUCGGGGGGGGGCCAGCACCCCAAAAAUUCCACGGGCAGCUCAGGCUUCUGGAAUGCUGUGUGUGCCGAGCUCUUUCUGCCUUGGCUCAUCCCUCUGAUCCAGUUUUGACAGGAAAACACUCCAUCCCGAUCCCUGCCCCCAUCCCAAUCCCUGCCCCCAUCCCAAUCCCUGCCCCCAUCCCAAUCCCCCCCUGUCCACCGGCUGCUUGGGUUGCCUUUUCUCACAUUUUUUUUUUUUGGGGGGGGGGGAAGGCCGUGAUUUUGUAAACUGACGUGGUGAAAAAACAGCUUUUUUUGCACAAGUCGUUGCACAAUAAGGGGAGAGUUUAGUAAAUUAGGUUUAACUUUAAAGGGAACACAUUUUUGGUUUUGGUUUUGUUUUUUUUCCUUAAAACUCACUAGCAGAGCUACUGAUUAAAAAAAAAAAGAGAAGGCAAAGAGCUGGACUGAUUAAGGAAUGGACUGCAUGGUUUCCAGGUGGAAUUGCUUUAGAAUUUAGCAUGUUGAAUUCCAACUGUACAUUUAUCCUGUUGUAACUUCUAUUAAACAAUACAGCAAUUAACUGUUUAAUUAA